UCAGCCUCUGGGCUCUCGCUUCACCUCCCUUCUAAACGUUGCCGAAGCUGAAGAGUGUUUCCGAGGAAGCAGGGGAGUGUGAGUAUCUGUCUCACUCACUCUCACUCUCACUCUCACCCAUUUUCAUCUCCAGAAUUUCUUCUCUGAACUGAGUUGGAAGUUCUGUUCAUCCCCGAUGAGUACUGUUGGAUACAGGUCAGAUGAUGAAUGCUCUUAUGUUGGAGGAAAGGGAGAAAUCGGGUUUCUAGAUUUUGAGGAAGAGAAAUCUGUUUGUAGUUACGCUGCUAUUGAUGAUGGCGAUCCGGUUAUCAUAUCCAUCCCAUUUGCAUUUGUGGAUGGGAAGCCUCAAUCAGUGUUUGUUGGAGAUACUGCUGUGGAUUUAAUAACCAUCAAUAAUACCACCAAAGAGCCUGUGCAGUUGUGGACUGUUCAUAUUUUUGCCUCAAAUCCUCAGAACACUUUCACUCUUUCUCUGAUGGAACCUCCAUCAGCAAAUUCAAAUUCAAAUGGAGAUUCAGAUGAGGGCUUUCUCGAAUCAUUUGAUUUGGAGGAUAGAAUGCUUCAGCCUGGUGAGAUUUUAAAAGUAUGGUUGUCUUGCAAGACAAAAGAAAUGGGCAUGUACCAAUCAAUUGUGCAUUUUGAUGUUGGAGAAGAAAGAAUAGAAAGGGUGGUUUUUGUCUUAGUUGAAGACAAGAUUUCGAAAUCGUUGGCUUCUAAGAGGCCUUAUUCUCGACAAAGAAGAAAAGACAAAUUUGCAGUAGAUAAUUUCGUCGCAGGCUCACGUCCUGCAGGGAAAACAAAUCGGGCCUACAUUAAUAGGCUUCCAAAAUAUGAUAUUCCCGGGGAUAUUAGACACUUGCUUGAGAGCAAUCAGAUCCCUGAAGCUGUUGAAGGUGGUCUAACAAGAAAGAAUUAUGCUUCUUUUUUCAAAACAUUGGUGAUAAUGGAAGAAAUACAAUUAGAGGAAGACAUGAAGACUUAUGACAUGGAAUGCGUAACAAUGAGGAAGAGACCCAAUCAAUUUUUGUCCAUGUUGGUUCCUGGGCUUGCUGAGAGAAGACCAUCACUGGUUCAUGGGGAUUUCAUCUUUGCCAAACUAGCAUCUGAAAAUGAUAAGAACACUGGACGCCCUUAUCAGGGAUUUAUCCAUCGUGUUGAAGCUGAUGAGAUCUUUUUGAAGUUUGAUAAUGAAUUUCACCUGCGCCAUAGAGAUGGAAAUCUUUAUGAUGUUCACUUCACCUACAAUAGGAUCAAUAUGAGAAGGUUGUAUCAAGCAGUUGAGGCAGCCAGUGGCUUAGGAUCCGAGUUCCUUUUUCCAUCUACUUUAGCCAGGAAGAGGUUCAUUGAAACCACUGAUCUGAUUCCCAUAUCUGGUGCUUUUAAUGAUGAGCAGAUUUCUUCAAUCAAAAGUAUUGUUGGUUGCAAAGGGGCGCCACCAUAUCUGAUUUAUGGGCCUCCAGGUACGGGAAAGACUAAGACAAUAGUAGAAGCAGUUCUCCAGCUCUACAAACAUAAUAAGGAUGCCCGUAUUCUUGUCUGUGCACCAUCAAAUAGUGCAGCAGACCACAUAUUAGAGAAACUGCUUGCUGAGAAGUCUGUUGAAUUUCAAGAAAAUGAAAUAUUCAGGCUCAAUGCUUCUACCAGGCCAUAUGAGGAUGUCAAACCUGAAAUUAUCCGUUUCUGCUUCUUUGAUGAGUUGAUAUUUAAAUGCCCGCCAGUCAGUGCCCUCAGGCAUUAUAGGAUUAUAAUAUCAACAUAUAUGAGUGCCUGUCUUCUUUAUGCAGAAGAUGUUUCACGGGGUCAUUUCUCUCACAUUUUCUUGGAUGAGGCUGGCCAAGCCUCAGAACCUGAAACCAUGAUCCCUAUAUCCCAUCUCUGCAGAAGGGAAACUGUUGUUGUUCUAGCUGGAGACCCAAUGCAGUUGGGUCCAGUAAUUUAUUCGAAGAAAGCAGAUACACAUGGAUUGGGGACAUCAUACCUGGCACGACUGUUUCAAUGUGAGAUGUAUGCAACUGGAGAUGCAAAUUAUGCAACGACAUUGGUUAAUAAUUAUCGAUGCCAUCCAGAGAUAUUACAUCUCCCUUCAAAGCUGUUUUAUAAUGGGGCGUUGAUUGCAUGCAGAGACAAGACAACCUUCAUGGUGAGUCCUGGCUUCCUCCCUAAUGAGGAGUUUCCCGUUCUUUUCUUUGGCAUCCAAGGAUGUGAUGAAAGAGAAGGGAAUAACCCCUCAUGGUUCAACCGAAUUGAAGUGAGCAAAGUUGUCGAAGUUGUCAAGAGGCUGACAGCUGGUGGGAAUAUAAUGGAGGAACACAUUGGCAUAAUAGCACCAUAUAGGCAACAAGUACUCAAAAUUAAACAGACUCUUGAAAAUCAAGAGAUGCCUGAUAUCAAAGUUGGUAGUGUUGAACAGUUUCAAGGACAAGAGAAGGAAGUUAUUAUCAUAUCAACUGUUCGAUCAACCAUCAAACACAAUGAGUUUGACAGAGUCCACUGUCUUGGCUUUUUGAGCAAUCAUAGAAGGUUUAAUGUGGCUGUAACUCGUGCCAUAUCAUUGUUGGUUAUCAUCGGGAAUCCACACAUUAUCUGCAAGGACAAUUAUUGGAGCCAAAUGCUGUGGCACUGCGUAGACAAUAAAUCUUAUCAGGGUUGUAAACUUCCUGAUAGGCCAAAGACUUAUGUUGAGGACGCUGGAGACAACAAUGUGAAGCCUUAUGGAGAGGUCAAUGGAGAGGACUCUGUAGAAUGGGGUCAAGAUUUAUCCCAGGUGGAGAUUCCCAAACCUGUUACUGAUGAGGCUGAAUGGUCUGAUGGCUGGAGAAGUAGUUGAAGAUAUCCGACUUAGAAAUGAUAUAAUUUUGCAUGUUAUUUACAAGUUUGAACUUGUACUCGCUACUGCUAGUCUACUACAACUACUACUAUGUUAGAAGUCUUACUUAGGAAUGUGUGGAAAAAAUAUCAAUGUUACGUUUUGUUACGAUGGGGUGAAAAGAAGAGUCCCGUUCAGUUAUAAACCCGGGCCAAGCUGUGAUAUUGAAAACCUGGAGGAAUUCACUAA